GGACUGGCAGUGGGGAAAGCAGGGUGCGUGUGGCGGGAAGGGAGGCUUGCGCGUGGUUGCCCGUCUUCAUAAAGACCGAGAAAGAUUCCGUUCCCAGCCCUCAGCCCCAACACUCCUGGGAACGUGAACGAUAACGGAGUACGCUGCGGCGCCUCCCCGUCCUCCUGUGCCACGACAACUCCGUGGUGCCCCCCUGCUGCCACCUCUUCCGUAGGCUAGGAUCCUGCAGAGUGAGGAUUUAAACCCCAAGGUGAUGGCAAAACAUCUGAAGUUCAUUGCCAGGACUGUGAUGGUACAGGAAGGAAAUGUGGAAGGUGCAUACAGGACCCUAAACAGAAUUCUCACCAUGGAUGGGCUCAUUGAGGACAUUAAGCGACGGCGGUACUAUGAAAAGCCUUGUCGCCGACGACAGAGGGAAAGCUAUGAAACCUGCCGGCGGAUCUACAACAUGGAAAUGGCUCGCAAGAUCAAUUUCUUGAUGCGAAAGAAUCGGGCAGACCCAUGGCAAGGCUGCUGAGGCCUGUGGAUUGUAGGCCCAGUAUGAAAAUCCCUCUCCAGCUGUCUCCUUCCUAUCUCAAACCUCAUUUUUUCUCCCCUUUUUUAUAUAAUAAUAAACUCAAUCACAUAUAUGCAAGAAGGCCUGCAUAUAUAGAAGUAAUCCCAUAGUUACCAAUGGACCCUCUCUUUUAUUAAGUGAAAGAGAAACUGAGUCAAAAAGUAGUCUAGGAAUAGAAUGGUUAUUACCAAGGGCUAGUGGGGAGUGGGGAAUUACUGUUUAAUGGGUACAGAGUUUCAGAUGGGGAUGGUGAAAAAGUUCCAGAGACAGAUGGUGGUGAUACACAACAAUGUGAAUAUACUUAAUGCACUUAAAUGGUUAAAAUGGCAAAUUUUGUGUAUGUUUAGCUAUAGUAUUUAAGUCUAGGAGAGGUGAGAAGCUUUUCUAAAAUAUAGCAGAAUAGAUCUAUGAUUUUUUUACCCGAUUCUUAUGAAAUCCAAAUCAAGACCUUAUUAUUGGAAAAGCACCUGUUACUCUUUACUGAACUGUCCCUCCCCACCAACUGUUAGAUAGAGGAAACAUGUAUGUAUUUGGAAUAAAUUUUGCUACUGAAAUACCCAUCAA